GAUGUUCGCCGUCGUCGCCGCGCGGCCGCCCCUGCGCGCGGUUGUAGGCAAGGCACAAGUCGUGGUCGAGGCGACGCCGACGCUCCUCCGCUGCGCCGCCGGCGUCGACGUCCGCGUGACGUCCACCUGGCAGGAGCGCGAUGUGAUAACGGCGGUCGACCAAUCCGUAUGCAUAAACUCGCGGCAGCGCACCGCACUGACUAUCGAUACAUCAACGUGUGCUACCGUCCGCGGCAAGGUCGAGGGCGACUUGAUUGAUAUCAGAGGAGCGAUGAUUGAAGUGGAGAGCGUGAGGGGCGAGACCGUCCGUCUACUGAGUGAGGGCGGCGUGGCGUCGACGAAGCUCGUGGAGGGCCUGGAGGUGGACGUAAGCGGCACUUCCAUAACUCUAGCGAAGCUCCAGGCGUCGCACGCGAAUAUAAGGGGAGACGACGUGUCCAUCGUGGCCGCCUACUGCCGAAAAUUAGAUGUGGACGCGACCGGCGCGUCGGCGGUCGACGCUAUACAAAUAGACGCCGCGCACGGCCACGUCGCCGCAACGGCUUCAAAUGGCGGCGUCUCGCUGCAGCGGUGCUCGGGGAGCUGUGCCAUUGAAGCCGCCGGGACCAUCUCCCUAGCCUUCGACGCGAUGAACGGCGACGCCGUGGCCUCUUCUGACCGAGGCGACGUCGACGUGAGCGUCGCUCCAAGUAUAGAAUGUGACGUUGAGCUCGAGGGUCGACAUGUCGACUGUGCGGGCGCGCCGAUGUUAAGGAGGGAGGUGGACGAGGCGGGACGAGUACAGGGCGCCUUGGAGGCAAAAAGGGAGCCGUCGCGCGCGGGCGCCGGCAAGGUCAACGUCGACGGCGCUUCACAACAAAAGUGGGACUCGUCCUUCAUUUCCGAUGAAGGCGGGCGCCCGCGCAUCGUCGCGCGCGCGCCGAAGGGGCGGGUCGCGCUCCGCGCGUUGUCGUGGAUCGACGCGAUCCGGCGCAAGGUCGGGCUGCCCGAGGGCUUCGAGAAGGUCCGGCGGUCUUCUUCUUCUUCUUCUUCGUAGUGUGUAGUAUAACAUGGCCGCGCGAAGCCGCCUCCCUCUUCAUCGUGUGAUGUGG